GACCAAUAACCGGACAGCGCCGUGAGGACGUGCGCGAUCCCGAUGGCAGCGAGAGCCAGGAGGCCUGCCUCCGGAUACUCCGAGGCACCGUACACCCACAGCCACACGUACAGCCAGCCGGGGUAGAGGACCGUCAGGAAGGGGAGGACGGUGCCGUGGAAGAGCCGAGGCCUUCGCCUGUACAGCGUCACGGAGCUCACCAGCUCGUCACCGGUGCCACUGUCAUGCUGAUUGUGGCUCACAGUUUGUAGCUUGCCCGGACCACCGACGCCGUCCGCGGUCAUUUUCUCCUCGCUUUUGACGUCGUUCAUUGUCCUCUGCUCACCCCCUGGGCCCAUUUAUUACCCCCACCGCCCCGUCGUGUUGAUGCCGGUAAAAAAAAAAAAAACGCAAUUCAACACGCGGAACGUUGCUCCGUUCAACCGUUGCUCCGUCCAACCAAGAACACAGUCCCUCUUCAGCUGCUGUCGCUUCCGUAUACGUCAGCACGUAACGCAGGCGGCUAUGUAUAUCACAGCAAAGUACUGCCAUGAAGAGAUGGACGCCUAUGGGUCAUGUGUGGCCUCCAACCCAUCAGCAUGGCAGGAGAAGUGUGAUCAACUCAAGAUGAAGUUUGCACAGUGCACAUCAUCACACCCGGUGAUCCAGAAGAUCAGACGAGACUGUUCCAAAGAGUUUGUGGAGUUUGAGAAGUGUCUCAGGGAAAACCAGAGCACGUCUGCCUCCUGUUCGGCCCACGUGGCUCGCUUUCUCGGCUGUGCUGAGACGGUAGAUCUCAGUGGAGUGGAGACAAAUCCAGUACCUGUGCCAUCGUAGCAUUCAACCAUCUUUUUCAACAAAAAAUUCCCAUCAUGUUUUCUUCAACUUUGCAUACUGUGAUUAUUGUCCUAUUUUGAAAAUCCACUGUUACUUGCCACACUCCGAGGCUGUGUAGACUUCAAAUAAACGUGACACAUUCCUACGCUGUGUUUCAUUAAAACUGAGGUAUGUCUAACUCAACCAGUGGGGGUU